CACCGACCUCCACAUCCCCGGAGAACGUCGCUGGCAUAAUCAUCAUCUGACCUUCUCACGUCACAUUACCCAAGGAUCGGGCUCCACUGUAACUUCUGUUGCUGCUUCGUUCGUUCAUUCGAGCGAAAACAUGAGAUUCGCACAUAUCCCCCGCAGUUGAUCAGAACAUGGACGUCAGCCAUCCAAAGCUCCAUCUUUACUCGCUCCCAAAUGAAGUACUCGUUCAAAUCCUCUCCUCCUUCUCGACGCGCUCUCUCAUCCCUUGGGCAAGAGUUUCCUACCGCUUCCACGCCCUGAUCUUACGGAUCCUGCAUUAUCGCCUACUCGUUGGCGCGCCAUUGCAGGAAUACAAGCUCAUCCUAGAAUGCUUUCAUCCAAGCUCUAAGCUAAUUGAGCCUCACGUAUUCUGUACAUAUCUUGGCACAGACGACUUGAAUAGCUACGAAGGGAAUGGUUCUCUUUAUGAAAAUACCGAUACCGCGCAGCAACUCGGGAGACUGAGCUCAGUAUAUUCUCGGUUCCGUCCUGAAGUGACAGUAGAAGAAAGGUCUAAUGGAACAAGGCUAGUUCCCGUAACAGACGAUGGGCAAGAUCCCCAUCGGGAUGACUUAGUCGUCACGCGCCCUAUCAAUCUAGAGGAGUUCGAGGAAUUCUUUCAGCUAUGCGUGCUUGUGAAUAUAGUGAAGGUCAUGCCGGGAACGAACCUCCUCCUGAGCGCACACACGGUCGAGGAUGGGGUAAUCAGAGUGUUUCGGGAUUGGUUGAGGGACGAAGAAAAGCGCUUCCGGGAAUUCAUACCAGAAGGGGCAGGGCAUUCGCAAAUGCUAUGGGUUGACCAAAGCAAGAGUGUCGGGAUCAAAGUCCGGGUCAGGGGGAAGAAGUUUUUGAACCAACAUAUUCCACUUCUCGUCCAUCGAGACGAUGAACAAUUCACGAGCUAUGAACUGGAUAUCGAAGAAUUGCAUAUACGCUCUGUUCGGUUACUAUUGACGUUGGAGAAAUCACAGGAGGAACAGCAGAAUUAUUACAAAGCUGUAGUUCUUACCCCAAAUAUUAGAUAGAUUGCCCAUCGGCAGACAUGCCAGUGAUAUGCUGUCUUAUCACCAAUCCGAAUGUAUGUAUGAACCUUUCUGUCAAUAGCGUUUCUUCCAAGGUACGCAGAUCGAGCAUUCAUAGGAACAAAGGCC